CCCCAGGCGGGCCCAGCGGGACGCCAAUUACGGUGCAGGUCAGGACCAUGGCGGCCAGGCUGGCCGGGAUCCGGUGGGGGACUGCCCCUACCGCUGCCCGGAGGGUCCCGCUGGUCUCCUGCCGGAGGUGGGCCGGCGCCUCGUCAGACACAGUGUACGAUGUGGUGGUGUCCGGGGGAGGCCUGGUGGGCGCCGCUAUGGCUUGUGCCUUGGGAUAUGAUAUUCACUUCUGUGACAAGAAAAUCCUGUUGCUAGAAGCAGGUCCAAAGAAAGUACUGGGGAAAUUGCCAGAAACUUACAGCAACAGGGUCAGCUCCAUUUCCCCUGGCUCUGCAACCCUUCUCAGUAGUUUUGGUGCCUGGGACCACAUCUGCAACAUGAGAUACAGAGCCUUUCGGCGAAUGCAGGUGUGGGAUGCCUGCUCAGAGGCCCUGAUAAUGUUCGAUAAGGAUAAUUUAGAUGACAUGGGCUUUAUAGUGGAGAACGAUGUCAUCGUGCAUGCUCUCACUAAGCAGCUGGAGGCUGUGUCAGACCGAGUGACCAUUCUCUACAAGAGCAAAGCAGUCAGCUAUACCUGGCCUUAUCCAUUUUCCGUGGCAGGCUCCAGCCCUUGGGUUCAUAUUACCCUAGGUGAUGGCAGCAUCCUCCAGACCAAGUUGUUGAUUGGUGCAGAUGGCCACAACUCAGGAGUACGGCAGGCCGCUGGAAUCCAAAAUGUUAGCUGGAACUAUGACCAGUCCGCUGUUGUGGCUACUCUGCAUUUAUCGGAGGCCACAGAAAACAAUGUAGCUUGGCAGAGAUUUCUCCCCUCCGGGCCCAUUGCUCUGCUUCCGCUCUCAGACACUUUGAGUUCCUUGGUUUGGUCCACAUCCCAUGAACAUGCAGCAGAGCUGGUCAGCAUGGAUGAGGAAAAGUUUGUGGAUGCCGUUAACUCUGCCUUUUGGAGUGACGCCAACCACACAGACUUCAUCGACUCGGCUGGCUCCAUGCUGCAGUAUGCGGUUGCCUUUCUGAAGCCCACUAAGAUCUCAGCUCGCCAGCUGCCCCCAAGUGUAGCCAGGGUGGAUGCCAAAAGCCGAGUACUGUUUCCUCUUGGGUUGGGACAUGCUGCUGAGUACGUCCGGCCUCGGCUGGCGCUCAUUGGGGAUGCAGCCCACAGAGUCCAUCCACUUGCAGGACAAGGUGCCAACAUGGGCUUUGGGGAUAUCUCCAGCUUGCUCCAUCACCUCAGGACUGCAGCCUUCAAUGGGAAAGACUUAGGCUCCAUGAGCCACCUCACAGCUUAUGAAACAGACAGACAGCGUCACAACACUGCUCUUCUGGCUGCUACUGACCUACUAAAACGGCUGUAUUCUACCAGUGCCACCCCACUGGUGCUGCUCAGGACGUGGGGCUUGCAGGCUACAAAUGCAGUAUCUCCGCUUAAAGAACAGAUUAUGGCCUUUGCAAGCAAAUGAAUGCUCCUCUUCUGGGUCUUUUCCCAAGACCAUCACGUAUUUUCAAGAUUUAAUUUAAUAAAUUUACAUUAGAAUUCUGCAGUC